AUGUAUUUAUUGGGGCUCAAAAGGGUCGGCGUGGGUUCUAGAAGCUCGUUUGUGCGGCAGAUGGAGGUUGUGAGGCAUGUAUAUAAUAGAGCUGCAAGACGGCCGGAUAGAAUAUCAGCAUAUGAACAAUUUUCAGAAUAUUAUAAAGUAUCGAAUGGGGACCGGCAUGUUCCGGAGUUGGAAAGAAUGAGAUUGGUCCCAACAGUGCCUACAUUCUAUUCAAGAAAUCCUGCUCACGAGGAAAAUAUUUCGAAAUUGACUGAUAUAUUGAACAAAUACAUGACACUUCCGUUUGAUAAAAAGAACACAGACAAUUCAUGGAUGACAUUUGAGGAUUACCAGGACAUAGGCGGGGGCAAUAAGUUGAAGGUGACACAAUAUCAGAAGCUUAUCACGGUAUUGAGGCGUUUGGACUCCAUUGAGCCGGAAUUGAGGAAUGACGAGGUGAAUAAUGCACUCAACACCUACAGAAAGGCCAAAGACGAAAGUUCCGGAAAGGAGAAGACGAAGCAGUUGGAUGAUAAGGGAAGAGGAGUUGCAGUUGGCAGAAGAAAGGCCUCAAGUGCCAAAGUGUAUGUUGUUGAAGGGGAAGGUAGCAUUCUCAUUAAUGGUAAGCCAUUAGAGGAGGUUUUCCCCAUUUAUGAGGACAGACUAAGAAUUUUGCUUCCUUUACAGGUUGUUGAUGCCGUGGUCAAGUACAACGUGUUUGCCUUGGCACGUGGAGGUGGAAAAACAGGUCAGAUUGAUUCCAUUAAGUUGGCAUUAUCGAAGGCGCUUUGUAUACACAAUCCUCUUUAUAAGAAAAGGCUAUUUGCAGCAGGAUGUUUGACAAGAGACCACAGGGUGGUGGAGAGGAAGAAACCUGGAAGAAGAAAGGCCAGAAAAAUGCCUACUUGGGUCAAGCGUUAG